AUGUUUCCCAUUCUUCCGGUGAUUCUAGCUUUGUACAAUACUGUGCCACUAGCUGUGACCGGCAGGAUAAAAGAAUGCGACGAAUCAGCAAUCGCAGGCGACGAAUAUCGAACACUGUUCCUGCAAGCACACAAUAAUUACAGGCUUGCACUUGCAAAUGGAUCGUCGCGCGGAGCACGUAAAACUAAACUACCAGGAUCGAAGAGCUUGUUCAAAUUUAACUAUAACUGCCAAUUGGAACUGCUUGCAAGUGCUGUCGCUCUUGAUUGUCAGUAUGGGCCUUCAUUGAACCUGAAUGACAUCGGAUAUAGCCAGAACUUUCGCCGGCACGAAGGAGUAACACAUAGCAUAUUGGACAGCGUAAAUAAUCUUGAGGAUCAUUUCAACAACGCUCUUUAUAACUGGUGGUAUACGGUAGAAACUGAAAUCCUCGGGCCGAUCGGUUCAAAAGUCAUAUAUAAGGAAGAUGGGAUGGAAGAGUUUGCCAACGCGGCGAUUCGUGAGAAGAAGUCCAAGUAUAAGCUCUGUUGGAGGACACGUCAGCCUGAAGAUUGGGCUGCUUACCUAGCGGCGAACAGGGAGGCUAAGAAGGCAGUCUCCAAGGCGAAUUCGGACCGCUACAAAGCUGUGUACGACAUGCUUGAUACCACAGAAGGCGAGCGGGCAGUGUAUCGUUUAGUCAGAGUUCGUCAUCGCUCAACGUUGGAUAUGGAGCACACCAAGAUCGUUAAGGGAGCAGAUGGAGCCGUUCUGCGCCGUUCUGGUCAGAUCCUGGAGAGGUGGCGAGAGUACUACAAUCAUUUGUGUAACAAAGAGUUCUGUCAUCCCGCCAUCCCAGGUGUUCCCAGCGUCGAAGGUCCUGUUCUACCAAUUACUGCCGUCGAAGUAAGUGCUGCCCUCACAAUAAUGAAGUCGAACAAGACAACCGGUCCUGAUAACAUACCUGCUGAUGUCUGGAAACUGCUAGGGGAUGAGGACGUUUGGCAAACUUCCGUGGCCGUGCCUGUCUGGAAAGGGAAAGGAGACAUUGCUGACUGCAUUUCGUACAGGCGUAUACGACCGCUGUGCCAUACGAUGAAGGUUUUCGAGCGUGUCCUGGGAGCUCAUUUGAUGAAAAUUGUCAGCGUUUCAUUCAACCAGUGCGGCUUUGUGAAGGGCUGCAUCACUAUAGAUGCUAUCCAUGCUGUCCGUAUCCUCCUGAAGAAACAUCGAGAGAAGAACCGCAAUGUGCAUCUUGCUUUUCUCGAUCUCGAGAAAGCUUUUGACGGUGUCCCACAUGGGCUGUUAUGGAUGUCCAUGAUGUCGCAGAGUACCAGAAGAAUAUGUGCGGUGGACGAAGCUGCUUUAUGCCUACCAGCGUUAUGCGAUCUGCUGCCGGAACAAGCAGGCCAUUCCCUGUACAAGUAG